CCGAGGGCACCCCUACAAUCUCUCCCCUGCGGUCCAGGUGUAGCAAAGCGAAUUUCCGCUUGGAAGUACUAGUGAUUUCCACCACUUUUUAGCAACAAUGAGAAGUUGGUGGUUUUUUCUGGCUGCUUUCUUUAUCCCAUGGGGUCUUUCUUUGGCCAAAUUUGAGGAGUUUGAUGAUGAUGACUUAGUGGAAUAUGAUGAUAAUGACUUUGCUGAGUUUGAAGAUGUGGUUGAAGCCACAGAACCUCCCCAGCGGAUUGCUACUGCAGAAGAAGAGGAGGAGGAAGCCACAGUAGAACUUGAAGGACAGGAUGAAGGUCUUGAUUUUGAGGACACUGAUGGACAGGAAGGUGAUACAGAAAGUGAGCCAUAUGAUGAUGAGGAAUUUGAAGGUUAUGAAGAAAAACCUGACGCAUCUCUUGGCAAAAAUAAAGAUCCUAUUACCAUUGUUGAUGUCCCUGCCCAUCUUCAAAAUAGUUGGGAGAGUUACUACAUGGAAAUCUUAAUGGUGACGGGACUCCUUGCUUAUAUCAUGAACUAUAUCAUUGGAAAGAAUAAGAACAAUCGUCUGGCUCAGGCCUGGUUCAGUAGUCAUCGAGAGCUGCUUGAAAGUAACUUUGCACUUGUUGGCGAUGAUGGAACAAACAAAGAAGCCACAAGUACGGGCAAACUGAACCAAGAGAAUGAACAUAUCUAUAAUCUGUGGUGUUCCGGUAGAGUGUGUUGUGAGGGCAUGCUUAUCCAACUCAAGUUUCUCAAGAGACAAGACUUGCUGAAUGUCCUUGCACGCAUGAUGAGGCCAGCCUGUGACCAAGUGCAAAUAAAAGUUACUAUGAAUGAUGAUGAUAUGGAUACCUACGUCUUUGCGGUUGGGACAAGAAAAGCCUUGGUACGGCUUCAGAAGGAAAUGCAGGACCUGAGUGAGUUCUGCAGUGAUAAACCCAAAACUGGGGCAAAGUAUGGGCUCCCAGAGGCACUGGCCAUCUUAUCGGAAAUGGGUGAGGUCACAGAGGGCAUGAUGGAUACCAAGAUGAUCCAUUUCCUCACACAUUAUGCCGAUAAGAUUGAGUCAAUUCAUUUUUCAGACCAGUUUUCCGGUCCAAAACUUAUGCAAGAGGAAGGUCAGCCUUUGAAACUGCCUGAAACUAAAAAGACGCUGCUGUUUACUUUUAAUGUACCUGGGUCAGGCAACACUUCCCCAAAAGACAUGGAAGCUCUGCUGCCUCUGAUGAACAUGGUUAUUUAUUCCAUUGACAAAGCAAAAAAGUUCCGUCUGAAUAGAGAAGGCAAACAGAAAGCAGAUAAAAACAGAGCACGUGUAGAAGAGAAUUUUCUGAAACUGACUCAUGUUCAAAGACAAGAGGCUGCCCAGUCCCGCCGGGAAGAGAAAAAACGAGCGGAGAAGGAGAGAAUCAUGAAUGAGGAAGAUCCAGAAAAGCAGCGACGUCUAGAGGAGGCUGCUUUGCGUCGUGAACAGAAGAAACUUGAAAAGAAACAAAUGAAAAUGAAACAGAUCAAGGUGAAAGCCAUGUGAAAAACUUAGUUGGAAGAAAUCUCCUUUUUGGUGCCAACCACAGAAUUGCAAUUUGCUGCCUACAGUGAGCUAAUUAUAUUCCUGACCUUAAUCAUUGGCCACUUAAGAACCACUUUUGACACUAACUGUUGUUGCUAAUGGGAUUAUGACUGAAAGGUUUUCCCCCUUCAUGUCUAUAUGUGACAAAGUUGUUCUUGGAAAACUCCACUGGUAGCAGUUUGAAUGCAACUUUUAAAAAUGUGUUUAUGUACUGGAUUGCUCCAACCAAUGACCCCAUAAACAGCAAAGCUAUGCUCAGUCACCAACAAAACAAAUGUGUUUUUAAUCCACGUUUGGACUGCAAUCCUGAACCUACUUCAAUUCUCUCUGAUGAGUAGGACUGCUCAUAAUAAAUAUUUUCAUGGUGCAGCACAUUCUGGUUUUAUAUAACAUGCAAAUGUGUGUAUAAAGAGCUUUGCAAUUGUCUUCCAUAUUGUUAGAUUUUUUUCCCUACUUGCUUUGGAUGGAGGUCUAGAAAUUUGCAACAUUAUUUCUGAACCUUUGAUUGGAUAAAGGAUAUGUGUGCAUGUGUAUAUCUAUACACACUUAUACACAAACACAUAUAUACAAAAACAUGUGUGCACACAGGCAUUCUCUCACACACACAACUUCCUAGAAUGUGCCAGCAAUGCAUAAGCACUUUGAUUAUAUUUAGAAAUGUGGGCAAAAUAAAGAGAAAAAGUAAUAACCAAUCCUUCACAUUAAGGGGAAAAAAAGUUCUUUACAAUUGGUGCAACCAGCACUAUUAACAUCUAGCAAUUACACAUGAAAUAUAUGUGGAUUUCAUGUUUCCUUGUUAAAUAGUAAUGUGCUAAGCCAGUAUUAUUUUGUGGCUUACAGUUUUUCAAACUGUUAUGCUGAGUAUUCUCCUAAGAAAACUGCUCAUACGUGUUUGAGAUAAGCAGAAAUAAAUCUACAAGAUAGUAAUUUCAGUGGUAAAUGUGCAUGGAGAUAAGCAUCUCUUUUGUAUCUGUUGUCAAUAAGCAAGCAACUGGGGAAUGGUUUGCAAAAAUAUUUGCCUUGGGGUGAUGAUUAUUAAUAAUACAAUUAAUUUAAAACAAUGUAAACUCUGUCUGCUAAGCCGACCUGACACAGAAUUUGGGGCACAUCAGUGUGUCUUUGUGCAAGUUGCUGCGUGGGGAAUGAAGAUCUCUGUGGGAUCAGACACAUGAUUCCUGACACAUUACCCUGUUGCUGAAAGUCACCUGUUAUCUCCCACACACCUGAGUUGUAUGUACUACUCAUUUUGUCCAUAUAGGUUUACUGUAUUCACUAUUUCUCCAUGUAUAUCAUGCUUGCUGGUUCGGAAGUGUGUGUAUACACUGAGGUUUUUUUUCCUUUUCAGACAGAUGCCUAGAUGUUUUAGCAGCUUUCUCUAGAUUUCAGUGUGCUUUUCUGAUUGUGUCAUCUUCCUCCAGUAUUUCUCUGUAGCUGCUAACUGUGUGAAGUUGACAAGGAACCAGGGUCUAAAUAACUGUGCAAUUCACUUCUCCUUCCCCACCCCAGCAAGGUAGAAGACUUUUAGAGGAUUAUAUCUAUUAAAUACUAUUUACUGUUUGCAUAUGCUGGGGAAACUAAGAACUGGGGCUUCUCCCACUUUGCAGUCUUACGGAAUUGCUGCAUUUUAUAAAUGCUCUAGAUGUCAUUUGAUCAUUUCUGUAUAAUGGGCACUUUUUGCAGUGAGUUUAAUGGGAAGAAACUUGAGGGUUAAAUUUCUUAAUGUAUUUUCUUGAUUAUGCUUUUAUCACUGAUGCAAUAAUAUUAAGCUGCUCUUUAAAACAGCAUGUGCUAAAACCUAAUUGUCAGAGCAUGAAAAUGCACAGGUUCCUUUUGAAUGCAAUCUGCAACCUAAAAACAUUUUAAUUUGUGAUUUUUAUAUAACUAUCACAUGAUAUUUUACAUCAGAAAUGGCAAUCCUAUUUGGGAUUUAAACUAUUUUGUCACUAGAUAUUAAACAGAUUGAAUAAA